UAUUGUCAUAUUGCACGUGACUUCUGCUUUUAGAAUCAAAACAGUAUAUUUAAACAUUGAAGUUGGCGGAUUUUAAAUUCAAAAAGUCAUCAACGUUUUAAGCAGAGGAUACUUAGGGUAUAUUUAAAUGUCUGCACGCGGAAUCCACAGUUAACUCCACGCCGUACUAAUCCCUGUUUAAUAAACCUGUUUGCAAAACCUUAAUCGACAUAAAUAGAACUGAUAGUUAGAUAUUUAUAGAAUGCGAUAAAUGUAGUAUAAAUUUGUUGAAAUAACGAAUUAAAUAUCUUUUAGUUAAAUAACAAUUUCGCGGAACACUCUUUUUUGUUGUUUUUUGUUUUGUUUCGAAAGGCAUAGAAUAGUAUUAAUCAUCAGCAAUAAGUGACUAAUUAAAAAGAGGAGACUGGAUUUUUAACUACGCACAUGUGGAUGCCGACCACUGUAUAUAGAAAACAUAGAGAUGUAUGAACAACAUGUUGAUUACACAGGGAAAAUUCUGUCAAGAUCUUUCUUCAAGAAGUUGAUGCUCGUAGGCGUGUUGCUGGCCGUUCCUUUAUCUUUCAUCUUUGCGGAACUGUUGACAAAACGUAUUGAGACAACUAAAGCAGUGAAAGAAAGCCGAAUGGGUCAACGGAAGAUACCAAAUACCACUUCCAAUGUUCAAAAGACACGCAAGAGAAACUCUAAAUCGAAAUAUAAAGGAGCUAGAUACGAAACAGAAGACAUGUCCAUGAAACAUCUCGAAACAAAAUACGUGAACAAAUCACAUAUUCGAUGUGAUGGCGAUAGGAGUUCGAAAGAAACCAUAUAUUACGGGACGGACUACGGAAGUGACUAUAUCAAAACUAAAUAUAUAAUGCACAAGUUGUGUAAUGAAAAUGGACAAAGACUUUCAGCUAAACAACGCGCAGGUCUUGUCAAAGAAAGAUGUCAAACAUUUCUGAAGGAAAACAAUAUACGACUUUAUCCAAAUGCAAAAUAUAGAUUAAAUGGAGACUUUUGGAUAAGUCGCAGUUAUAACUUUACAAUUUGUUUAAAUUGUAAAGUGGCUUCGACAAACACUAGACGCAUGAUUUACGCUCUUGACAACAAUUUUACUGGUGAUAUUAACAAAAUUACAUUGCGUACGGUGCGUAUGUACGAAAAAAAUUGCAUGGAUAAUUUCCAGAAACUUAUGUCUGAGAAAAAAGGUAUGAGAGUAAUGAUGGUAAGAGAACCACUAGAAAGGUUACUAUCUGCAUAUAGAGAUAGACUUGCUUAUGCGAAGCACAUUAUCAAAGACCCUUCGGUUUCAUUUAAAGAAUAUCUGCAACUUACUUUAUAUGAAAACACUAAAACCAUAAACAGACAUUUAUAUCCGUAUUUUGAAAGGUGUCGGCCGUGUGAAAUGCAGUAUGACUUUAUAAUUCUCCAUAAAUAUUUUCACGAUGAUAUUAAAACUUUGUUGCAACUCAUCGGUGCCAGUGGAAAAAUUGAUAUACCAAAGAGAAAUUUCACGGGUUACACUUCUGAAUCAAGUGAUCAGCUGUUGAAACUGUAUUUUAGCAAAGUUCCAAAUGAUCUGAUACAUAAAUUGUGGGAAAAAUAUUACAAAGACUAUUAUAUAUUUGGCUUUCCUUAUCCGUCACAUCUGAUGAACUGAACAGGCUAAAUUUUGCCAUUUUUAUUCUCAAAUUCCAAAGCUAGAAGCAGUUUUGCGCAACAGAAGCUGAGAUGUUAUUUAGCCUAUGUUUAGACUUCUAUGUAAUAUAUUGAAGGGAAAUAACUUCAUGCACAUUGGCAAUAUUACGGAAGAAAAACCAUUAUGUUUGAAAAUCAGAAUUUAACAGAUAUUUUGAUGUUUUUACUUUUUAAAAUGAAUAUAUGUUUAAGCACAAAGGCAUGUGUAGCACUGUCAUAUUCUUAAAAGAACGAUUAACACAGACAAUUUCUAAAAAAGUACUUUUAUGACUGGCAAGUUCUUAAAGUUAACGUAUCACUUUAAUUAUAUCCAGGGGGCAAAAUAAUGCAUCAGCCUUAUAUACAAGUGAUAAUGUUAUCAAGAGAAAACAUUCUAUCAUCCAUUGAUCUUGUUAUAAAAGUGUAAACCUUUUCAGUCAACAACAAUGUUUUAAAAAACAUACUUUAUGACCAUUUUUCUAAUGUCAGGCACAGAGGUCGAGGAUUCAGAUCCCGCGGGAUACUUUACUUGAGUACUGGUCAAAAAUCCAUGAAACAGUCUUAGAGCAUUUAGUUGAUAAAAAAUCUUAAAAGAAAACUGUUAAUUAAACUGAACAAACAAAAAUAUAGAACUCUUAUUACUGGUUCGAUUUUUCAAAUUUUGAGUAUGGCAAUUUUUUAUCGAGAAGUUUUAUAUCAUUUCUACAUUAAUAGGCGAGGACUUUUAGCAUCGAUUAUCAUCUGAAUUGCUUUUUCACGCAUAAACUGCUCCCAGUGAGGGUUCAAUCCAUUAAAAUGAGGGCCAGUGAUUCUGAGUCAACAAAAUACACCUAUCAUUUUCGUCAUUUUAUCUACCACAAAAAGUAAACUUCAAGACUUCCAAGUAGGAAUAACAGACAAAAGGGUUGUUCACGUUGAUAUUUGAAGGAAGACAAUAUGCAGUUAAGGACAUUAAUGCAUAAAAAUUUACAUACUGCUAUGUUUCGGCCCAGCCGUAAUUGGAUGGGAUUUACUUUUUGAUUUCCCGCGGUAUGUUAACGAUUUGAAUGCAAGUCAAAUUUCUAUAAAUCUAAGCUUGUAACCAGUCUCCUGGUAAAAUCUAGUGCUAAUUAACCAAAUAAACGGAUACGUUUUGUAUACCAAAGCUGAA